AUUGGAUCAUCUUCCCAACGUAGCCAACGUAGGGCGUUAGUCCACCAUGGUCAAGAAGCAUGGCCCGUCGGUCCCUGUGCACGCAGCAGCCCCGAAGAAGGAUGAGGACGAGGAUGAUAAUCCGUUCUCGCAGUACUACGGCAUGUUGUUGCAUCAGCAGAACAUGCUACAGGACCACGUGCGGACCAGCACGUACGAGCGCGCCAUGAUGCAGAACGCGUCAGACUUUCACGGCAAGGUUGUGCUCGACGUCGGCACUGGCUCCGGCAUUCUCGCGUACUUUGCCAUCAAGGCGGGCGCAAAGCGCGUGUACGCCGUGGAGCUGAGCGCCAUGGCGGAAUGCGCUCGAAAGCUCAUGAACCACAACGGCAUGGCCAACAAGGUCGUGGUGAUCAAAGGCAAGAUGGAGGACGUGGAGCUGCCGGAGAAGGUGGACAUCGUCAUCUCCGAGCCCAUGGGUUUCUUCCUCGUGCACGAGCGCAUGCUGGAGACGUAUGUGCUCGGUCGGUCCAAGUGGAUGAAGCCCGGAGGACUCAUGUUUCCCUCCACGGGCACCAUGUUUGUGUGCCCGUUCACCGACGACAGCAUCUACCAGGAGCAAAUGGCCAAGGUAGCGUUUUGGCGGCAGCAGGACUUUUAUGGACUGGACCUCAACUGCCUGGUCGACGAAGCCAUGGAGAAUCAUUUUUCCCAGCCCAUUGUCGGAUACUUUCCGCCGUCGAUCCUCAUGUCUGCGACACCGAUUCAGCACGUGCUCGACUUUCGUUCGAUGACCGUGGACGAGUUCCACACGUUUGACAUUCCGUUCCGGUUCGAAUGCAACCAAACAGCCAUCAUGCACGGACUCGCGUGCUGGUUUACCGUCGACUUUAUCGGGACGGCGGCGACGGUGGUGCUGUCCACGGGGCCAUGGGAUACAGGCACCCACUGGUACCAAUGUCGCAUGCUGCUAAAGCAGCCCAUCGCCGUGAACCGGUCGCAAACUGUGUUUGGCAACUUGCACUUUACCGCCAACAACAAGUUCAGCUACGACAUCAACAUGGAAGUGAUCCUCGACGGGACGUCGAUCUCAUCGGCCAACACGAUCCGCCUCCAAGAUCAAAUGUACCACUACAUGCAUAAUGCUGCGUAAUCAAUAUGUCGACUGUGGCUACAUCUCGUCCAUUCUUUUUGGCGCAGGCUAGAUAGAUAGGAUCGAAUUAAUCACAAUAAACAAUGGAUAAAGAUCGUC